AUGGAGGAGGAAGAGCACGAGGUGUACGGAGGAGAGAUCCCUGACGAGGGUGAAAUGGAAGGGGAUAUUGACAUGUCAGCAGCUGACGAUGACGCCGCCGUUAAGGAGCUCGACGAAAUGAAGCGCCGAUUGAAGGAGAUGGAAGAGGAAGCCGCAGCGCUUCGCGAGAUGCAAGCCAAGGUCGAGAAGGAAAUUGGCAGCGUUCAAGAUCCUGCGAAUGCAGCUGCUUCUCAGGCAAACAAGGAGGAGGCAGAUUCUCGGUCUGUUUUUGUUGGCAAUGUUGAUUAUGCAUGCACACCAGAAGAAGUGCAGCAACACUUUCAAUCCUGUGGUACUGUGAACAGGGUCACUAUCCUGACAGACAAGUUUGGCCAGCCUAAAGGUUUUGCUUAUGUGGAAUUUGUUGAAGUUGAAGCUGUUCAAGAGGCUCUACUCUUGAACGAAUCUGAAUUGCAUGGCCGGCAACUGAAGGUUUUGCCUAAGAGGACCAAUGUCCCUGGAAUGAAACAACAUCGUCCUAGACGGUUUAAUCCUUACAUGGCAUAUGGCUUCAGGAGGCCAUAUACUCCUCCUUACUUUUACUCCCCUUAUGGAUAUGGGAAGGUUCCUAGGUUUAGAAGGCCAAAUCGUUACAUGCCGUACUACUAG